UACCUUCCUUCCAAAUAGUGUGCAAUGACUUCCCUCUACAGUAUCAACUACCAUACUAGGGCGCAUAAACGAGACGCAUUCAUUGAAUUUAUCAAAUCCCUACUGCUGACGCCCUUUGUCUUGCACACGCGACCCCAGUCAGCAACCGGCGCUCUUCCGGAAGAUAGCAAUUUCACCAAUUCGGCACGGAAAGAUGAUUGUGACGGAGGACCAGAAGGCGACAAGAACGUUGAAAGAUAUUCUGAGAUUCUAUUUUGUGUGGAAGAAUUAAUUUUGGAUCAUAUUCGACAUCAAGACAACAAACUUGCAGAACUUUCUCGCCUGUCGACACUGGUCCCCUCCAUUGGACGAUUCUUUACCCCGCUACCUUUGAAGGAAAGUUUUAUAAAGCAAGAUGCCAAGCGAUCGAUGGCCGCCAGACGGUUCGUCCCCCCUAGCUUCAAUGAUGUCCGCGCUAUCUUGAAUGAUGCUCAGGUCACAGCGAUUGCUUCUACCGUGAAGUUGAUAACAUUUGACGGUGAUAUGACUUUAUACGCGGACGGAGAGGAUUUUGCCAAAGACUCACAGCUUGUUCAGCUAAUCAUUGAGCUACUACGUAAUGAUCUGUAUGUGGCAAUCGUGACCGCAGCAGGAUAUCCCGGAAAUGCCGCGAGGUAUCAGAAGCGACUUUCCGGCUUAUUGGACGGGUUUAAAAUGUCUGGCCUGUCAUCCGAGGCGUUGGGGAGAUUUUAUGUGCUAGGUGGGGAGUGCAACUAUUUAUUUCGCUAUGACACCGACUCCCACCACCUUGUAUAUAUUGCGCCGGAGACCUAUCAGCCCCCAUCUGUAAGAGAAUGGGCUGGUAACGCAGCUCGCAUUAGCGAUCUGUUGGAUGUUGCACAACAAACAGUAGAGGAGCGGGUCAAUGAGAUGGGCUUGAACGGAAAAGUCUCGAUUUUGAGAAAAGAUCGUGCCAUUGGAGUGGUUUCAGAUAAGCAGAUCACGUUGACGCGUGAGCAGCUGGACGAGUUUGCCCUCUCUACCCAGAGGCGCCUUAACAAUUACCAACAUACAAUACUCAUUCGCGAGGGCCAGCGUCCCCUACCGUUCUGUGCUUUUAAUGGCGGUAGCGAUGUCUGGGUCGAUAUUGGAAACAAACUUAUUGGUGUGCAAAUGCUGCAGGAGAUUUUAAACACAACAGGAAGCGAAACCCUUCAUGUUGGAGAUCAGUUUCUUUCUACAGGAAAUGAUAUUUCCACGCGUACUGCAUGCUGUACAGUUUGGAUCACUAGUCCUGAAGAAACGGCUGAGAUCCUUAUUGAAUUGUGUCACCUUCUGAGCAAACGAGAUAGAAUGAGGAUAUAGUUUGGAUUCUGAUGAGCACGCACUCGGAGCAUGACUUCGAUCGUUUGAUCCUUCAUAUUUUGUCGUAGUCCAAUCACCGGUCAUUACCUACACACCACAACCAUUUCGAAAUUGUAAUUACAAUGUGUUUAGAGAA